CUUCGUUCUAGCUAGCUUGAAAGAAGUGAUCGAGGUGGAGGCAGUCAGCCUGCGAAGGGAAAACAAGCGAGGACAGGUCGGGCACUACAUGCCCAGCCCGUGUUUUAAAAGAAGGAAAAUUAGUUAAAGUGGAGGAUAUGUGGAUGUGAGUGGGGUUUUCGUCACUUUCACGCGGGCUCAGUUACUUAUUGUUUGGCUCUCGGGCUGUGGCGUGUUGAGCGUGUCGCUGUUUGCCCAUUGUCACUGGAGUGAACACUAAGGAGGACUCCAUGAAAGAUGACAGAGGAGGUGAUUGUUGUAGCCAAGUGGGACUACGUAGCCCAGCAGGACCAGGAACUUGACAUCCGUAAAAACGAGCGCCUCUACCUCCUCGACGACUCGAAAACGUGGUGGCGUGUCCGCAACACCACCAACCAGACGGGUUACGUGCCGUCGAACUACGUGGAGCGCAAGAAAGGCUCUCUGGUGAGGAACAUCAAAGACACCUUGGGUUUGAGAAAGAGUAAGAGGAAGACGAGUGCGCGUGAUGCCUCCCCUACGCCGAGCUCAGACACAGAGUACCCUUCCAACGGCAGCGGGGGCGGAGGUAUGGUCGGCGCCGCAGAGAGGAUCUAUGACCUCAACAUCCCUGCUGUGGUCAAGUUUGCGUACACGGCAGAGAGAGACGACGAGCUAACUCUGCUCAAAGGCUCCAGGGUGGUCGUCAUGGAGAAGUGCAGCGACGGCUGGUGGCGCGGCAGUCAGGCCGGCCGCGUCGGCUGGUUCCCCUCCAAUUACGUCCAGGAGGAGCUCAUGGGGGUGGACGACAGAGAGGGGGACUCCCCGCGGGGUUACCUCGGCGGACCUCAGGGAACUCUGCUGGCCAACGGCCGCGCCGGCGAUCGGGGCGUUGUCCUCCACCUGGUCCAAACGCUGUACCCCUUUGGCUCGACAACCGAGGAGGAGCUUAACUUUGAAAAAGGAGAAAUCAUGGAGGUGAUAGAGAAGCCGGAGAACGACCCAGAGUGGUGGAGGUGUAAGAACUCUCGUGGCGUCGUGGGCCUGGUGCCUAAAAACUAUGUGGUGGUGCUGGACGAGCGACCCGGCCCUCCCUCCACCACGUCGGGCUCCCCUCAGAGCCGCUAUGCGGGACCGGCGCGCUCGGGGAGGUUUGCCGGCAGGGACUGGUACUACGGCAACAUCACCAGACACGAGGCUGAGUGCAUACUCAACGAACGGGGAGAGGAGGGCGACUUCCUCAUACGAGACAGCGAGUCAUCGCCCAGUGAUUUCUCCGUGUCCCUGAAGGCGGCAGAGAAAAACAAGCACUUUAAAGUGCAGCUGUCAGAUGGGGUGUACUGCAUCGGCCAGCGCAGGUUCAGCUCCAUGGAUGAACUAGUGGAGCAUUACAAGAAGGCCCCCAUCUACACAAGCGAUCACGGAGAGAAGCUGUACCUGGUGAAGGCGCUGCUGUGAUCUACACACCUACACUGGAUCUCUCUCACACACACACAUGAUCCCCAACUGUCUUAACCCAAGCCUUAGCUCUGGACCCCUCCUGCUGUGGCGUCUGUACCAUAUCCAGAUCCUCAGAUCUCCUGGAUUUGUUUUUUUCCAAGUGAAAACCAGACAAACUUGGUUUCUUUUUGCUGUAUUUUGCAGACGACCCUCAGACGGCCAUCACUGAGCCACACGGCGAACACAGUGUGUACCGAGCCUCUGUUCUCUUGGAUGUGAUAACAUGCAGUGACCACAUUUGCUGCUAACAGAACGCCUGAGGCCUUGUUGGGGGGGUGGGGGGGGGGUUGAGCUCUCCCUCUGAUGUCAUACGUAACGUCUUCUUACUAGCACGCACAUUGUAAGUUCCACCAUUGCUCUUAACUCACCCAGGGGAGAAUGGACGUUCUCACCGGUUCAAAGAGGGACUCGGACCUCAGUGGGGGCCAACUCUAACUCUGUCACGUCUAAUCGCAGCCCAUGUUUCAUUUAGUCUAUCAAGACCCACUUGUUAGUGAACUCACUUUAUUAUUAUUAUUUUUUUAAAGCUUAUUUAAAUUUGUUCAUGUUUUGUAGUUACUUUUUCACAAAGUGACCAGAAUCACUUUUGCCUUUUUUUUCUUUCCUCUAAUUUUCACCAUUCCUCCACUCACUUGUUUUUGUUUUUUGUUUGGUUUUUUUGUUAAUGCCACCUUUUUCUGUUUCUACCAAACAGUUAAUUGCUAGUGAUACUUUAAAUCUGGACAAAAAAACACUCACUGUAGUAUUUCUACCAGGCGGUGCAAUAGAGGAGACCUCAGAGUUCCUGUAGAGUUUGAAUGUUGAUCCAUGUAACCAAACGUGCCACCCUGUACCCGUUUACUGCUGGCUCCAGGUCUGCGCUGCACUCUCUGAUUAACCCACAGCUCAGUGCUCAUGUUUUGAUGUGUCGAGUUGAACAUGUUGCCGUUGUGUUCUCCAGUACGUGUCUGUAGCUACAUGAGGAAGAACAACAAUAAAAUCUUUUGUUUGUU